GGUUACUUGGCUUUUUAUUCCUCGCCUUCUUGUGAAACCCUAAACCUCGAAAAGCUUCAAUGGCGACAGUACCAGUUAAUCCGAAGCCUUUUUUGAACAAUUUGACUGGAAAGCCUGUGAUGGUAAAGCUAAAGUGGGGAUUAGAGUACAAAGGGUAUUUGGUCUCUGUGGAUUCAUACAUGAACUUGCAGCUUGCAAAUGCAGAAGAAUUCACUGAUGGAGUAAGCUCCGGCUCUCUCGGAGAGAUCCUGAUUAGAUGUAAUAACGUCCUCUAUCUUCGUGGUGUACCCGAGGAUGAAGAACUGGAAGAUGCUGACCGCGACUAGAGAGUGUGUUGUAUUAAUAGUGACAUGGUUCAUUGAUCAAUGAUUGGAACGACUUGAAUGUAUUAUCGAUAUGUGUUUUCUAGGUGCUUCCAUCUUGAUAUAUGCUGUUGGUAGUCUGGGGUAAAUGUUGGUGACUAAUGAUUUACUGGAGCAAAAUGACUAGAAAGCUAUACGAGAUUGCGUUUAUUUUUGUUAUGA